AUGAACCUGUAUCAAUUUUCGAAGUUCCUUUUUCUCGUUGCAUUCAUUGGCCAUGGAGAGACAGCACCCGCCAAAGCCGAGUUUCGAGGCCCUAAGCCCUACGUUGGCUCCAGAUUGGACCCUUACAGAACCACGCUGCCAAUCAACCGGACUCUACUUGCGGGAAGCUUGAGAAAAUUUGAGAUCUCGACGGGUACUAGAGACUCAAUCUCUCCUCGACCUCAAGAAUCGCUCAAAAAACGAGUCGAGGUUUCCGUAGCUGGGAACCCCACCAUAAGGUCGGGUGCAGACGCCGACGAAGUUAACGAGGACAAGCCGAGAAUUCACUCUAGGAGUCUCCAGGGCAGAUCAAAACUUGGAGCAUUUCCCUGGGCAGGUCUUAACCCCCAAGGCACAUACCCAUGGACCAGAACAACCAUAUGCAUGGCGAUCUGCGAGAGAAAUACAUAUCACAUGCGAAAUGCCCUGAAGGGAAAGGGGAGAUGGCAAGCAUGCAUACUCAAGUGCAAGUCUGACGGUUCUAUGACUGAUAUCACUGGCGAGAUCUACAAGUUGAGCUUCGAGGAAGACUUUGCUCCAUUGAGCUACUAUAAGGGGUAUCUCGAUCAUAUCUCGGACAAAGCUGGCGUGGUGGAACCCACGAACUGGUUCCUGGAUUGGAGACCCGCGUAUUGA